UAGUGGGGUUAAGUUUAUUAGUGUUGUGAACGAGCUGUAGCUUAAAGUGAACUCAUGUGGCGUUGGUGGGUGUGUUUAAAAUUGAAUGGCAUCCAACCCAACUCCGCCCUGUCCCCAGAGCGCACAUAUUCGCUGCCUCGGCUACCAGCAUUCUCGUGAUUUGAGUUUACUCGAAAAUGUCAACAAACGCACACUGACUUGCGCUGGCUAUUGAGCGCCGCUAGUUAAACUAAAAACACAGCGUUGCAGAUGUGAUUCAACAGUUACCUCAAAGAUGAGAAAGGAGGUCUAAAGUCCCUGUGUUACUGAAGCCCUAGAGGACACAACAAGCAACAGGUGUUCUCGAAGUGAGUGGUGCAGCCUACUCAGGACACCAGGGGAGUACUCUUCGUGACCCUUUCACAUCCCUUGCUCUCCUCUUUGUUCUGUUGGUUUUUGUUGUAUUCUCCUGUCUCCUUUCUUUUUCUUUCCUCCUUUGUCUUUGAUUGUUUUUUCAUUUUCCGUCCACUCCCCACUUUCCGUCGCCAUGUCAACAGUAGUCCUGCAACGCCUGAGCAUGCUGUCUUUGACUGUUAAGCAACUGGGCAGCCUGCCCUGCCUCUCCACCUCCCUGCCCACCCUCCCCUCCCUCCCCUCCCUCCCCACCCCGAAACCCACCGUCUCGGCCAGCGAUGUCCCCAGCCUCUUCCGCGAGCCCUACAUCCUGUCAGGCUACCGGCCCAUGGGCCAAGCCUGGAAGUGCUACUUCCUCAGCACGUUCCAGUGGCACAAUGAGUUGAUGAACGUGUGGACGCACCUGCUGGCCGCCCCAGUGCUCCUCCUGCGAUGCUGGGCUCUGCUGAGCGGCAAUGGCAGGACCCUGCUUGACGUUUCUGCCCUUCCCCUGGCUCUGUACUUGCUCUCUACCCUGACGUACCUCGCCUGCAGCGUGGCGGCACACCUGCUGCAGUCGCACUCCGAGCUGGCACACUACUCGCUCUUCUUCCUGGACUAUGUCGGGGUGGCCGUGUACCAGUACGGCUGCGCCCUGGCCCACUACUUCUACUGCUCGGACGCAGCCUGGCGCGACAUAGGCGUCGGCGCGGUCUUCCUCCCCGGCGCUGCCCUGCUGGCCUGGCUGUCCUGCACCUGUUGCUGCUUCGCCAAAGCCCACUACCGCCGGCCGUACCCACUGCGCCGCAAAAUUUGCCAGCUCAUCCCUACCAGUCUGGCGUUCCUCCUCGAUGUCAGCCCCGUGGUGCACCGGCUAGUCACGGGCAACUGGGAGCAGGACUCGGCGUUGCCAUUCCAUGCCGGCCAGGUGGCUUUCUUCCUGCUGGCAGCGUUCUUCUUCUCCCACCCAUUCCCAGAAUGCUUCCUCUCGGGCCAUUGUGACAUCAUUGGCCAUGCCCAUCAGGUAUUUCACCUGUUUUUAGUGCUGUGCACCAUGUGCCAGUUGGAGGCGCUGUUCAAGGACUUCGUAGCACAGAGGGAAGUCAUCUUAGAGGUGCAUGGGGAAGGGCUCAUUGCUGGAGCGGGCGUGUCGUUCUUCGUUCUGGUGCUGUGCUGCUUGGCCACAGCAGUUUGGAUGCACAGGACUGUUCAGAAGCAGUUGAAGAUGAGACAGCCAUAGAACCUCUCACUAUUCCAUUUUGUUGCGGCCAAACUUAGUCUUAAUUUGCUCAAUUUUAAGACGAAAUGGAUAGAUAUCACUGAGUUGUAUUUAAGGGUA